UUUUAAUUAGGGCCUAGUAAUGUUUGUCUUCAUUGAGGCGAGAUUAUAGCUUCAACGUUAUUAUGCCUCAAUGCUUCCAGAUUUGAUGAAAGGUGACGUGACGCAAACUGAAGAUUGUGGCCAAUCAGAUGCUCAGGAAAAGCCAGCACGUGGAACUACUUCCGCCUAUCGUUUCCUGCACCCGUCAGACGACGAUCACAACUUUACGUAUAUCCCAGGAUCCUUUGCUGUCCCACCUGGAUUCAAGAGAGAAAGACGUCCCACCCCUAUCUGGAUUCCGUUGGGCAUGAAAAACUCAAAACGUAAUUAUAUAGAAAAUACGAUACGAGUGACCGUUACAUAUAAUUUACCUUAUAUCGAACAAACGAAACCUAUCUAACAAACAAAAGCGAAAUGGAUACGUUUGAUUUUCAAUCUAAGUUUAAAAAACAGAGAAGGAUAUCUAACGGAAACGAUUGUAGUAUUCUGUUUCUUAUAUUUACACACAAACCACCUUUAAAUAAAAUUUAAAGUCUUUUCCUGCUAAAUUUCGGGAUUUAAUUUUUUUUUUAAAUUAUAUAUUUCUGUGUUUUUAUAGCGCUUACACAAUUAAGUUAAAUGUCAAAAGUAGGAUAGGAAUCGGUUUUGGUAGUGUUAAUUUCAUUGGACGAAUGGCUUUGAUAUUGAGAGUCAUCCCCAAUGAAAUAGCCAAAAGGACGUAUUCAGGAUACGCAGGAUAUCCCUGUUAUGUAUGGUACCCGAAAUCUUGGUUUUCACAAAUUCAUAACCAAUUUACAAAUAGCCAUUCAUGAAUUAUCUGCAAUCUCUGCAAAGACAAUAAAAGGAUUCUUUUUUUUUUUUCCUUCUUCUUCUUUUUUUUUUAUUUUUUAUUUUAUAUAAUAUCACAUGAACUAUCUGCAAUACAUAUAUAUGCAAAGACAAUAAAAGGAAAAUUAGUUUUACAUAAUAUUAUGUCAUGAACUAUCUGCAAUAUCUGAAAAGACAAUAAAAUUAAAAAACAUUUCACAUAAUAUUAAAUCAUGAACUAUCCACAGAAAGCUUAACAGGAGAACAAAUGCUUACAUAACCUUAUACGAACUAUCUGCAAAUAUCUUCAAAGACAAGAGGAUAAAUAAAUAUUUACAUAAUAUCAUAUCAUGACCUAUCUGCAAAGACAAUAAAACGGAAACAGUGUUUACAUAAUAUAAUAUCAUGAAGUAUCUGCAAACCAAUAAAAAACAAACAUUGUUUAUAUAAUAUCAUGUCAUGAACUAUCUGCACUAUCUGCAAAGACAAUAAAAGGGGGACAACAUUUACAUAAUAUUAUAUCCUGAAAGUGCAAUAUAUCUGAAAAGUCAAUAAAAGACAUUAUUUACAUAAUAUUAUAUCAUGAAAUAUCGUCUAUAUUUGCAAAGACAAUAAGAUAUGGGUUUUUUUACAUAAUAUAUCAUGAACUCUCUGCAAUAUAUGCAAAGACAAUAAAAGGGAAAAACGUUUACAAAAUAUUAUAAUAUUUAUAUCAUGAACUAUCUGCAAUAUCUAAAAAAAUAAUAAAAGGAAGACAUUGUUGAUAUAAUAUCAUAUCAUGAAGUAUCUGCAAAAUUUGCAAAGACAAUGAAAAGAAGACAUUGUUUACAUAAUUUAAUAUCAUGAACCAUCUGCAAUAUCUGCAAAGACAGUAAAAGGAAGACAUUGUUUAGAUAAUAUUACAUCAUGAAUUAUCUGCAAAGACAGUAAAAGGAAGACAUUGUUUAGAUAAUAUUACAUCAUGAAUUAUCUGCAAAGACAAUAAAAGGAAGACAUUGUUUACAUAAUAUUAUAUCAUGAAGUAUCUGCAAAAUUUGCAAAGACAAUGAAAAGAAGACAUUGUUUACAUAAUUUAAUAUCAUGAACCAUCUGCAAUAUUUGCAAAAACAAUGAAAAGAAGACACUGUUUAAAUAUUACAUCAUGAAUUAUCUGCAAAGACAGUAAAAGCAAGACAUUGUUUACAUAAUAUUAUAUCAUGAAGUAUCUGCAAUAUUUGCAAAGACAAUAAAAAGAAGACAUUGUUUACAUAAUAUAAUAUGAACCAUCUGCAAUAUUUGCAAAGACAAUGAAAAGAAGACAUUGUUUACAUAAUAUUAUAUCAUGAAGUAUCUGCAAAGACAAUACAAGAAAAACAUUGUUUAUAUAAUAUCAUAUCAUGAACCAUCUGCUAAGACAAUAAAUGGAAGAUAUUGUUUACAUAAUAUUAUAUCAUAAACUACAUGUAUUUGCAAUACAUGUAUCUACAAAGACAAUAAAAUGAAAACAAAUGUUUACAUAAUGUUAUACCAUAAACUAUCUACAAGGACAAUAUAAGAGAAAAUAAAUGUUUACAUACUAUUAUAACAUGAUCUGUUAUAUCUGCAAAGACAAAAAGAAAAAGAAAAAAAAAAGAAAAAAAAAAGGAAAAAUUGUUUACAUAUUAUAUCAUGAACUAUAAAUCUGCAAAGACAAAAAAAGAGAGAAUACAUUGUUUACAUAAUAUUACAUUUCCUUUCUACCAGGUCGUCCAUCGUACAAAGACGUCAUUGACGAAGAAAGUGUUACGUCACAAAAGACCGGAAGUGACGUGGGGAUGAAGCGAAAGCGCCGCAUGUCGCACUAUGGGGAUUCGAUCGUUCUCCGCUGUCUCACCGAGUCCGACAUCGCGCGACUUUCGUCCAGCGUCAUGCACAACGACAACAUAGAAGACGAUAGAUCGCGCACUAUUCCGGUUACCACUGGAAACUUGACGUCAGAGGAUGACGUCAACCACUCGUGCAGUGUCGCCUCGUUUAAAUUGGCGCCGCCUAAUUUAAACAGCAUGUCCACAAAGGGGCAAGACCUUGAUAACGAUACUGAGACGGAAACAGAAACGUACCUGAGUGACAACACCGGGAUAUCGCUGUUCGUGAAGCGCCGCCUGUCCCGGAUCCGGCGCAGUAUGUCAAUGCGCAGGUUUACCCAGGAGGAACUCGCCAAGCUUGCCGCCAUUGAUCGCAGCGAAUCAGACAACUGCUCGGAGACCGCCGCCGCCGACGCGGUCAAGGUCAGCCCUCCCGACACCCCUUUCGUUGUGGAAUCGAGUCUUAACCAACCCGCGGCUAAGGAUGCACCGUCGGCGUAUGACUUUACAGACUUGAAAGAAAGUGAUGAGACCAAGCAUACAGAAACAAAAGAUCAGAAAAAAUCAUCUUCGUCCCAGAAGUGUGAAUCUUCAGAGUGUAAGAACGACAAUCAUGCGAUAGCGGGUUCUGACAAGACGGAUUCUUCGAAAUGUCAUAAAUCAGAAGAAAGUAUUUCAGUCAAGGACUAACAGCAGUCUACAGUAACCUUCGACCCACAAGGUCACAGCGGAUCACCUAAAAUGCGAAUGACAAAAUGCUAGCUUUUGCUUAUUUACGAUCCAACUAGCGGAAAAUAAGCUUUAAAAAGUACACUUUUUGUUUAGAAGUAUUCUUUUUGUCUGGGUAUUCCGAAAUUUCCAACACUAAACUAGUGAGCUGACACUAUGCUAGAUCAGGUGUGUGUGUGUGUGCAACAUUUAAAAGACGGCACUGAAAGUUGGACCAUUCGCGAUGACGUAUAGGUUGUGGGAUACUUGUUCGCUACUGAAAAGAAAAUAUGAUUUUGCAUUGUAAAUAGCAUACGUUUUUAUGUUUUUGGAAUGAAAAAAGUAAUUAUUGCUCUGUACAUAAUUGGUUUUCAGUUGUACAUAACUGGUUUUCAAUUUUAUUCUUGUUAAAAUCAUGUUGACAAUACACUUAGGAAAUGUUGGAUGACUGGUGGUUUGGUUGAUUGUUGUUGUUGUUGUUUUUUUUCUUUUUUUUCUGUGUUUGUUUUGAAAAUUAUAACACUAAAUGAGACACUGUUGGAAUUUGUAUCCUCAAUCAUCGGUUUACAUCAGUCUGUCAACGUUUAAUUACAUGAUCACUUAGAAUAUACUUAUAUAUUAUAUAAACUUAAAGGGACAUGCCCUAGUUUUAAACACUAAGGCAUAUUUUUGACUAUUGUAGCUGU